GCGCGCAAUCUCAGUACAAAAGUGACUAACGUACGGGUCGGUUCGUAGUGCAUACACGGCGAUUACGUCAAGCUGUUAGAAGCACAUUUUACGAAAACAGAUCAAGAUAUUUGUGAAUCCGUGAACGACAAAAUGAGCAGAUACAGAGCGACGCUGAUUCCAAAAUUAUUUUCCCAUUGGUGGGAAACUUUGGAUCGACCGCAUCGCUUAUUAGACCAACGAUUCGCCAUGAGAUUGCAUCCCGACCACUUCUUUGGACCGUCGAUAUUUGACAGAUUUGACAAAUUUGAUAAACAAAUGGUAAAUAACUUCUCUCGAUCGUGGAGUGAGUUUCUGCGGGAACACGAAAACGGAUGGUCCGUCGUAAAGAACGACGAGGGCAAAUUUCACGUGUCCCUCGAUGUGCAACAAUUCAAACCCGACGAAGUCAACGUCAAAGUGAUAGACAAUAUCGUGGUCGUUGAAGGCAAACAUGAAGAAAAAAAGGAUGAGCACGGAUUAGUCUCUAGACAUUUCGUCAGGAAAUACAUGGUUCCAGAACAAUGUGAUCCGGAGAAGAUAAUGAGUACACUCUCUUCGGAUGGUGUUCUGACAAUUACCGCGCCAAUGAAGCCAGAAGCUGUAGAAGAUAAAAAAGAAAGAGUCGUUAACAUCGAACACACUGGGAAGCCAGCCGUGGAAAAUGAGCCAGAAGUGAAACAAGCUGCACAAAAUUAAAAAAUAAAUAAUACUGUAGCUUAUUCAUAUAUGCAUAAGAUGUCAUUGUGUAUAUCUUACAUUGUAAAAAUUAUUUCAUCAAAUGUAGAAAAUGUAGUUUAGAAAUGUAGUUUAGUAUUGUAAUUAUUACAAUUGAAAAUAUAGUUCCUAUAUAAAA